UUAACAUGAGAAUUUUUAAAAAACCGAACAACCAGCAACAAAUAACCCGAUAUAAAUGAUGAUGAUGAUGAUGAUGAUGAUGAUGAUCCCUUGCUACUAAUAGAAAAAAGAUCCCUUGCUACUAAUAGAAAAAAGGUAGCGGGUUUCCUCUCUAAGACAACAAUAAUAACAAUUGAUUAAUUAAUUAAUUAAUUAAUUAAUUAAAAAUAAACCCAAUUCAUAGGUCACUAAUGUACAAGCAGUAUAUGACUGACAUGGUGAAGAACCCCCUCCCCACUACCACCACCACCACCAGAGAGAGAGAGAGAGAGAGAGAGAGAGCAGAGAGAGCGAGCAAGGAGACAUACAGAGACACGCGCAGAGAACGGAAGGUGUCUUGCAAAUGCUUUAUUAUCAAAGUUGUUCUCUUGAUACUCUCCGUAUCAGUGGUCACGAAAGUAGUUUGGUUCGACGUUUACCAAGACUCAAGUACACAGGUCUUCAAUUGGGAACCAGGAACAGAACCGUGUCUCUCUGACACGACAAAUGACACCAACAACAACAACCCGGGCACGUCAUCAAUCGAGUGUCUUUUCCUCAAAUACAUACCAUUUUCCAGACACAUACACACCUUAUGUAGGAAAUCAAACGACGUUCAAAUGAGGCCAACAAAACGAAAACGCGUCUGUAAAGAUCCCUUCUUGUCGACGUUUCUGAAAGAACAGAACUUCAUUUGUUUUGCAGUAGACGGCCGACUUGGAAACCAAAUGUUCCUGUUUGCCUCCGCCUACGGCAUCGCACAACACACGGGUCGCCGUCUCGUCAUCGACAAAACAUCACCAUUACUGAAAAUAUUCAAAGUAGACCAAACUGUGAUGGCGGAGAGGUGUGUCUGUGAUGACGUCAAAGUGAAAUGUUCCAAGAAACAUUGCAGUUUUGACGAGACUCUCUUCACAAUUCCCAACGACGGAAAUUAUCAAGUGAGAAGGUACCUACAGUCUUGGAGGUAUUUUCAGAACGUCACGGGUGAGGUACGUGACCAGUUUACGUUUAAGAGGCACAUAGUCCUCACGUCUCUGUCGGUCUUACGCAGACUGAGAGAAGAAUACAAAAGUAGAACUGCGGAUUCGGCGAGUGAAGAGGAUUCACGAAAUGUAACUUUCGUUGGCGUCCACGUUCGAGAGACUGACAGAGGAGAAUCGUAUACUAGAUUGGGAUACAGAGUUGCACCGAAGGAAUACAUACACAACGCGAUGAAUUAUUUUGAGAACAAGUUUACGGAUGUGAUAUUUGUGGUCUUUUCAAAUGUUAGGGAAAGAGCGAAGAAACAUGUAAGAAAACGGAAGAAUGUAUUUUUCGUUGACGGUUAUUUGCCGGAAGUAGACAUGUGUAUAUUGGCGCACUGUAAUCACACUAUAAUGACAGUUGGCACAUUCGGAUGGUUUGCGUCCUUUCUGGCAGGGGGAGUAACUGUGUAUUACAAGCAUCCUUACAAAGAAAACUCUUCUGUUAGAAAACAGUAUUCUGCUGAUUAUCGAGACUAUUUUUAUCCUGGUUGGAUAGCAAUGGAAUAGACUAUUUUUUCGUAUUUAGUUGCGACUGUACAUACGAGAAUAUUAUUUUAUUAAAUGGUUGGGUUUUGUU